CUGUACUCCGGGGCAAGAUUUCUUCUUUUUUUUUUAUUUAAACAUUUGUUGCCACCAAAUCCACUACAUUGUGUGAAGCCGUACAGUUUAUGUUCAAAUCCUUGUCCUUGCUUGGGAUGGUAUGAUUACUUUUUUCAUCUUCAGGAAGAUAUGGUUGUGAUGCAGCUAUUCUUUUUGCAAAAAGUUUUCUUGAUGCUCAACGCUUUCUCACUCCAAGCAUCUGCAGGUGCGAUAUUCUAUGUGUUUUUUAUUGCUUUCUUCUGAUUACUUAAAUUUGCACAUUGCUGAAGGGUGUGCCCAGUGUUGCCGGAUUCGUAGAUUCCAUUUCAGGAUUUAAUCUGCUUUCUUUGAAGGAAGCUUCUCUGCUCUUCUACACCUAGAGGAACUAAUUUCUGCUUUUGAAUCAGUUUCAGAUUUUCUACUGCAGUUUUGGAUUGUGUAUACUGGGUGUUUAUGAAUCCAUUCUUUUUUUAAUUUUCUUGUCUACGAUGAAAUCACAUUUUCUGUUGCCACAUGCCCAUAGUUCAAUAUACAUUGUUGGUCUAUAUAUGGAUAUUCCAUUUAAUACAGAGUAGCUUCAAGCAUCACAGCUGAAUGCCACAUGCCCAUUUUCUGUUGCCACAUGCCCAUUUACACAAUCUUCGGCUGGAAGGGACAUUCAAGCAUCACAGCUGAAUGCCAUGGCAAGUCUAUCCACAAUCCACAACCAAUGAAUUGUUCGCCAAACGUAGCUGCUAAUCCACACAAGAUCUUGAGUCAAUUUCACUAUUCAGAUAUACUUUCUAAGCCAACUUAUAGGCAACAUUUAAAGAAAUGGAUGCCCAGAUUCGCUCUUCCACCUACAUCCUCAUCUUCUAAACAGAAUCAUAGAAGAAAUGAACUCAGCAAGUUUUCUCCUCAGCCGAGCUGGCAAGGGCAUUGGCCUUCAAUGUCUUCAUCUCAGUCAUCAUUUCCUUCAUCACCAGAAGGAUUGUUAGCACCUCAGUCAUCAGCAAUGGUUCCAUCAAGCCAUUUCACUACCCUCAAGCUCGCAGUGUUCCAGGAAAAAGAAGAUGGUGACUCCACCGCCAUUGCCACUGCUGGCACUACCGCCACCGCCUCCUAGUAAAGGUAAAAGACAUUCACCAUGGAGUAUUGUAAUCCCGUCAAUAUUCCUGUAUGCUCUGCUAAUGGUCCGUUUGGAAUACAAAAAACAUGUUGGAGAGUAUAAUUGGCAAGAAUUAAGGAAAUCAAAUUUGGGAGAGUAAGACAAGUUCAAAUUCAAACUUCAAAAAUCUACUCCAUCUGCCCUAAAUUAAACUUUACACCUUCCU